AUUUGUCAAAUUGGAAACAGACUAUACAACACAUUUUGUAUAUUUUUCAUUUAUCAAUUAUAUCCUAAAUAGUGGGAGGAUUGUAUGUUUCUUACGAAUAUCUGCUUGAUUCAAUAGCUCAAAUCAAUUAGAACUUCAAUUUGUUUAUAUUGGGCUUUUAAAUAUUUGAACAAAAUGUUAGUUUUGGUGCUUGGAGAUUUGCACAUUCCGCACAGAUGCAGCAGCCUACCACCAAAGUUCAAGAAGCUGCUGCUCCCAGGCCGCAUCCAGCACAUUCUAUGCACUGGAAACUUGUGUACUAAGGAAUCAUAUGAUUAUUUGAAGACAUUGGCUAGUGAUGUGCAUGUUGUGAGGGGAGAUUUUGAUGAGAAUUCAACCUACCCAGAACAGAAAGUGAUAACUGUUGGCCAGUUCAGAAUCGGUCUGAUCCAUGGCCACCAGGUGGUGCCUUGGGGAGAUGAAGAGUCACUGGCUCUGGUGCAGAGACAGCUGGAUGUGGACAUCCUGAUAUCAGGUCAUACACAUCGGUUUGAAGCUUAUGAGCAUGAGAAUAAGUUUUAUAUCAACCCUGGAUCUGCGACUGGAGCUUACAGUCCACUCUUCAGGAACCCGACACCGUCUUUUGUACUAAUGGACAUUCAAAGUGCCACAGUUGUAACUUAUGUAUACAAACUGUUAGGAGACGAGGUCAAAGUUGAGAGGAUCGAGUACAAGAAAGCAUAGUAUAAAUACAAUUAUUUAAUGUUAUAUUCAAAUAUAUAGCUUAGAUGUUAAUGUUUUUCUAUGUAAUUAUAUUUUAUAUUUCUUAUCAUACACAAAUAAUAUAAGAUGUAAAUAAACAGUACAUAUAAAUAUUAUUUUGUUUAAAUUACCAAUUAGUUAAAUUUCAGAUGUUUAUGCCCCUUAUAUGGACAUAAUGAAAUGCGGUACUUAGCUUCAUGGUUGUUUAAUUAUUAUGUUACAUUUUGGUUGUAAUAAGAAUCAUAUGAUUAGCGCGAGAUACGAUGAAACAGACGAAGUGCAAGAGAGAGAGAGAGAGAGCGAAAGAAUGUACAAUAGGGAUGUCCGUGUGACUCUGUUGCUAGUGAUGUCCGUCGAUCAUUAGGGAUCCAUAUGAAGGUGACAGGCGCCAACAAGAUGUAUUUAAAUGAUUUGGUUUAUUCUGUUUUCUGUUAGAUAAGAAAAUAUCUGCAUGUUAUUUUAUAAUCAAAUAAACACAAAUGAAAUGUAAUUAUAUGGUGUUCUUACAUUUAAAUG